AUGCUCUUUAUGCUACAUUUUGCAUCCAAACAAUUCGCUGUGAAUCGCUUACUACUUCCCUUCAUGAUCCUCGCCACUAUUUAUGGCACUGUCACAUCCGUCGGCGAUAACUGCAAGCAACUCUGUGAUCAUUUAGCGGACAAUGUUGCCUAUGAAAAUUGCUUGAAAAAGUGUUCUUCUGGAAGAUUCGCUGGCAAUUCUUUCAUUUCAAAAAGAUAUCCUCCACCACCGUACAAUAUUAGUAUCACAACAACGGCAGUUAUUGGGGAUGUUAAAUUUUUGGAAUCAACUGUUAGUUGGGAUUGUGAGCCUGAUAAUGAGCGUGCUGGAUUUUACUUACGGGUAACAGCCACUGAAGAGUGGUGUGAACAUGAUUUUCCUGGAUACUAUACUUACGAUAUUGGACCGAUGGAACGGUCGCAUAUUAUUCCAGCGAUGACCACUGAUUCACAACCGUUAGAAAUUCAACAUGACUGCUCAUACCUUGUACAUAUGCAUUCAAAACCGUAUCCCUAUGGAGACCCAGCAUAUGCAGUUGACAUUCAGUACACCGUACCCACGUGUAUUGAUGGAUACUGCAGCUGUGCCAGCCAAGACACUGUUCCGGUAGCAGAGAAUGUGCUGAUUAGGAGUUACCAGGAAAAUGGUAGGAUUAAAGCUUCUGUUAACUGGACAUAUCCAUCCGUGAACGGUCAUUCUCAUCAGUUUCGAUUUGAUCUCAGUGAAAGGCUUCAUCGUAAUCAUAUAGGCUUUGCCAACCCAAACGCUUUUAAAUACCGUAUUGUUGACAUGCCAUCACAUGUUGUUUAUGCUGAAGAAAACGUGACAUCUCUUUUUACUGUACUUCCUGUAGAUUUGAUACCUAAUGAAGAAUACAGAUUGACAAUUUUUGCUAUGAAUGACCAGUUAUGUCACAGCGAUGAUAUCACUAUUUCUUUCUUCACAGAUCAACAAAGAUCAAAUAAAGAAAAUUCAGUAACUACACAUUCAACUGGUGACAAUCAUGGUAUUGGAACCAAUAAAGACAGUAUAAUAAAAAUAUCCAGCCGAGGAGAGAAUUACAAUUCAACUGUCUUGGGAAUUCUUGAAGAAGAAAGACCUAACAUUCGAGAGGUGCUUGAAAAACCUUUGUACCCACCACUGACUGUUGUAACUAUGGUUGGUGCAAUUAUCACUGCAAUAACCAUGGCUUGUUUCAUUGCAUAUUUUCUGGUGCGCAAAUUUUACAAAAAUGGCAAAUCUCAGAUUGAAAAGUCGUCUAUCAUUCCUUGGGCAAUGGCACAUUCUAGUCAUUCUAUGCUCGAAACAAACAUUCUUUAUCGUCGCACUACCAAUUCGGCAUCGCAAAUCGAAUAUGAAAUACCAUUCAGUCAGAUUCAAGUUGGUGGUAUUAUUGGACAAGGUGCUUUUGGUACAGUAUGUAUGGGUACUGCAUACGGUGUUGAAGGAUAUACCGGUCCAACAACAGUUGCUGUUAAGCAGCUGAAGACAAAUGCUGAUGAAGAUGAAAGACGUGAAUUUCUUGAUGAAAUGGAUAUCAUGAAACAGGUUGGGCGACAUCCAAAUAUUGUUGCGAUGUAUGGUUGUUGUACAGAACCAAAUCAUCAGUGCAUGAUCAUGGAAUACGUUCCUUUUGGGGAUCUGAAACAUUACCUCCAGAAUCUCAGAAAACAGUUCGAUACGGUAAUGGUAAAUUUCAAAUCGUCAAUGUACAGCCGCGAUAUGCCAGUUAGUCCCUCAUUACCACCGUCAUUACAUUCGUCAUUUUUGUCUCAUAACGAUGAUCAUUCGCCGUAUAAUAACGAUUCAUAUCAUAUGGAUCCAAUCGAAUUACAAAACUUUGCUUUACAAGUUGCCAAUGGAAUGGCGCAUAUUGAAUCGUUGGGGAUUGUUCAUAGAGACUUGGCUGCUCGAAACAUUUUGGUUGGCCGAGGAAAUCAGCUAAAGAUCAGUGAUUUUGGUCUUUCUCGACACGGAGUUUAUGUGAAAACUAGCAAGGGAGUGAUACCACUUAGGUGGCUGUCAGUUGAGGCCAUCCAACGAAAUGUUUACUCUACGAAAAGCGAUGUUUGGGCAUAUGGAGUAGUGUUAUGGGAAAUUUGUACUCUUGGAGGUUUUCCAUAUCCAACAGUUAGUGACAAAGAUAUCCUCAAGUAUUUGCUACAGGGUCAUCGGUUGGAAAAACCCUCAUCUUGUAGCAGCGAAGUGUAUGAUGUAAUGAUGCAGUGCUGGGCGCAUGAUGCAAAUGAUCGUCCGUCAUUUGCAUAUCUCUGCGAACAUAUCAAUGAUUUGAAUAGUCAUCAAUGUCCAUAUGUGGAAUUCGUUUCCAGCGAGACGUUGCCACCAUCUGAUGGCUAUUGUGAGUUAUCGAUGAAACCAAUGACCCAUACUGACCUCUCAACAAUAAUUGACUUGGAAGCGAUCGAAGGUGUCGAAGAGAACUGA